AUCUUAAAAAUAGAAAAUUUUACCACUCCCACCUAUUUCUCCUCUAUGAAUGAACAUUGAUGAUUCACUCAAGGACUUCAGAGUUUCAACACUACAGUGAGUAGAAUGGAUGUGCCUUACUACAAACAGUAUUAUGAGAAUACUGUGCGAGGAGUCAUCAGUAGCGCUGUGCUUGCAUCCUUCUUUAUAAUUAUCUGCAUCAUUAAUAGAUUUAGAUGGAAGGAGGAAGAUAAUGAAUCUGUUUAUGAAUAUGAUCUCCCGGGCUCUAGUAAGGCCUUGGACCGACGGGUUGAGAUUGAAUCUGUUUCUCAAAUCAUCCUUCUUAAUCAGUCAAACUCUGAUUAUAACUUAAACAAGGAGAAAACUGCUGAAUCGACACCAGCUAAAACAGCUGAAUCCAAAUUGUACAAAACAGCUGAAUCGGAACCAGCUAAAACAGCUGAAUCCAGAUCGGAGGAAACAGAAGAAUCGACACGUGAUAUAACAGAUCAACCAAUAUCCCAGAAAACAGCUGAAUUAGACAAGCACCUAAUGCACAGCGCUGAAUCGAAAACAGAGUCAACUUCUGAAUCAGAAUAUGAGCUAAAAUCAGCACCUGAAUCCAUCUCAAUUCUCGGAGAAAAAACUACAAUUUUCACCAACCAAGGAGCAAACUAUCAAAUUCAUUCUGAAUUUGAGGGAAGCACUAGAUUUGAAGAGUUGAGAAUAUUAGCUCCGCCCCCUACUCCUGCUAAUGAAUUAGACUUUCACUUUGGAUACGAUUCACAUUCGGUUCCCGCCACUAUUCACGAACAUAAACAUUUACCAUGUUUAAUUCAUGAAUAUGAACCUACAAAAUGUUCGAUUCAUGAACAUGAACCAACACUCUACAGUUCCAUUCAUGAACAUGAACCUACCCCCUCAUAUUUUAACCAUGAGUUGGCAGCAAAUAAAAGCAAAGUAAAUCAUGGUUUUGAAAUUUAAUCUACAAUAAACUAAAAUAUAUUCUUUCAUG